AUGCUCUUUGCGUUAUUGCUUUCAAUUGCUGAGCUGGCAGCUGCUCAAUUCGUCGCCGAGCCCACAGGCUUCACGACCAAGAAGGGUCAUGCCGGCAUUGAUGUUAGGUACAAGGAGGUACCGACUGGUAUUUGCGAGCAAACUCCCGGCGUGAAGAGCUUCAGUGGCUAUGCUGAUGUGGCCGAGAACGAGCACAUUUUCUUCUGGUUCUUUGAGGCCCGAGAUGUCGACCCCGAGACCGCUCCCCUCACCAUUUGGAUUAAUGGCGGACCUGGUAGCUCGUCCAUGAUCGGUCUCUGGCAGGAGAUGGGCCCAUGCGGCAUCGACUUUGACGGCAGUUUGUAUGACAACCCGUACGCAUGGAACAACGUGACCAACAUGAUCUAUAUUGACCAGCCCACGACCACCGGCUUCUCCUACUCAAUCCCCGUCUCUGGAUACAAAGAUUCCAACUCUGGAGAUCUCGUUAGACUCCCGAAUGCAACUUGCCCUGAUUAUGCGGACCCCUCGACUUGCGGCACCUACAACGUGUUCGACACCACGCUGACGGCCAAUUCCACGCCCGCUGCAGCACCCAACUUCUACAAGACUCUGCAGGCCUUCACCGGUGCUUUCCCACAGUACUCUUCAAACGGGGUCUACUUCUCCACAGAGAGUUACGGCGGCCACUAUGCGCCAAUCUUCAGCCGCUACAUCGUGGAGCAGAACAAGCUAAACAACUCGGGCACGGCACACAUCGACCUCAAGGGUGUGCUCAUCGGCAACGGCUGGUUUGACCCUAUCCUCCAAUACGCCAGCUUCUACAACUUCUCCUCUAGCAUCAGCAAGCAGCGCCACCAGGGAGGCAGCCCCUAUGGGAUCAACUACAACCAGACGGCAGAUGACAGGGUCUACAACAGCAUGUACGGAGAGGGCAACUGUCUCGACAUGCUCCUCGAAUGCAACGCGUACCCUUACGCAAACUACACCUCCGACGGAGAGGGCAACACAGUGUGCAGUGCGGCGGACGACUGGUGUUACUCUCAAGUAGAGUAUCCCUUUGACGAUGUCUUUGGCCGCGACGAGUACGACGUCCGCUACCUGACGCCGGAUCCUUUCCCGUACGCCUUCUAUGUCGAUUACUUGAACACCGAGACGGUCCAGGCCGCCAUUGGCGCGUACACGAACUUUAGCGAGAGCUCUUCUGUCGCCGGCAAGGCGUUUGGGGCCACCGGUGAUGACGGUCGUGAGAUUGGCGUCCGCGCUGCUGUCGAGUACCUAAUCAACGAGAACAUCCCGGUGGUAGUCUAUUUCGGUGACGCGGACUACAUCUGCAACUGGUUCGGCGGCGAGGCCUUUGUCGAGACCCUCUCGAACAUCCCGGCGUACACCGAUGGAUCUGCCGGGUUCGUGAACAUUACUUCGUCUGAUGGCGUUGUCCACGGUGAGGUCAAGAGCACAGGGAGCUUCUCGUUCGUCCGGAUCUACGAGUCGGGCCACGAGGUACCGUUCUACCAGCCGCUCGUCUCCCUCGAGAUGCUGAACAGGACCAUCCACGGCCUGGACAUCGCCACGGGGACGACGGUCGUGACGAAGGACUACAUCACCGAAGGGCCUGUGGACUCUACGUUCCUCAACGGUAACAAGACGGUCACUAGCCAGGUCAUCCCGGCCAACGCCACGUACAACGUCCUUACCAAUCAGCCCAACCCUCCUUACAAUGUCACCCCGGUGGACUCGCUCGUUGGCCGCCGUGAUACUGGAUCGCUAACGAGAUAUGAGAGGGCUGUGCUUGACUCAGUGAAGCUGAGCGAGAAGAACGUGCGUGGAGAAGAGCAUGUGAGACGGCCAAGGGGUAAGAAGGGACGACAGGCACUUUUCGAGCGAAAGUCUGCCGGAAAGGCCGGGAAAGAUUAA